AAGAAGAUAGACAGACAAACUCCAAAGAUGGGCUGUCACUUGGAGUCAGAAAGUACUAGUGCAUAUGAGAAUCUAAGAGUCCCCAGCUCCGAGCCGGACACCCAACAAUGCCAAAUCCUCCCCGGGGAAGCUUCUCCAAGACAUGAACAUGCAGAGGAUCCGAAGAAAGCUUUUCAAGAAAUAUGCCCCCCGACAUACACGUUUGGUUGUGCAGCCCUCUCUAAGGACACAGUAGCCCUUCAGGACCUGAGGAUGCACACACUCCACAGACAGACGUGCGUGGACACUAAGGCACUCGCUGUAAACGGUGCCGGGCAGCCUCCCCAGACCGCCGCCCUUCACCACACCCUGAACCCGGGCUGUCCCAGAGCAGCCUCAGCCGCAGACCGAGGGACCCCUGCGCACCACCCCGCAGCCCCGAGCCCCCCAGGAGGCAGCGUGUCCCCUUGGGAUCUCCGCUCCUGGGCCUUGGCCGCUAGCCCCUCGGAGCCCGUUACCCGCCUGCCUCGCCCCUCCAACUCCCCGCUCCCCGCUCCCCGCCGGCCCUCUCCGCUUUCGGCCUCCCGGUCCCGUUAUCCAGCCUGGCCUCAGGCUUGGAAGCCCUGCGCGCCGCCGCCCCCUCCCCCGCUCCCCGGCCUGAGCUCAGGGGCCGUGCGCCGGGCAGGGCCGGAGCCGCCUCCGCGCCGCUUCCCAGGCCCGGCUGGCCGCGGGAGGAGGUCCCGCUGUCAGUCAGCGGGGAAGGCCGGCCCGGGCGGCCAGAGGGGGCGGCGCCGAGGACUGGCUCGGCCGGGCGCGGGGAGGCGCUGGCGGAGGGGCGGGCGCGGGGGUGGCUCGGGGCCUUAUAAGCGGCGGGGGCAGGGCGGGAGGGAGGCAAGUGUCAGGCCGAUGUGCCGCCCGCCGGGGGCCGGGGUCGGGGCUGCCCGGGCCAUGCGCGCGGGUUGGGCAGGGGGCCGGCGCGGCGCGAAGCGGAGUCGCCUCGGAGCCUGA